CUUUCCUUCUCCCUUGCCUCUACAAACCCAAAUCUAGGUUCUUGUACUGUAGCGUUCACCAUUUCAAUAACCAGACCGUUGGAAGCGGAGGAUGAAGACGACAGAGGAGCGCGAAUGCUCUUGACAGUGGCUCUGUGUUGAUUGUACUAUAACGUUCUGUUUCUCGUCCCCAUGGGACUGCGAUCGAGCAGCAAAGCUCAAAAAAAUUCAACUCAGCUGGUCGAAGGAGCUUCAACGAGGACGGAUCGAGCGCACGUUAACUUGCGUUCUGUUUCUCUUUCUUCUCCCUUCUUCUUCCUCUCCAAAUAAAACCCAAAUUUGGGUUUUUCUCAAACCCAUACCUCCAUUUCCAUCUUCCACCCCAUACCUCCAUAGCAUAGUUACUUAACAUGCUCUCUUCUCCUCCUCUCUCAUACUCACUCGUCCUCUUCUCAAAACUCAACAUUUCUCUGAACCCACCUCCUAUAACCUUACGCCACACCCGAUUCUAUCCUUCGAGUGUCAUCGUCGCAACCGCCAACCGUUAUACUUCCAAGGAAGAACAGGGAUCUUGUUAUUUGAGACCUCAGGGUAUGGCAUCCUGCACGUCACUGUAUGAGGUUCUCGCUAUACCGGUGGGAGCUAUGGAGAUGGAUACAGGCGUUGACAAGCAACUAGAUGCAGGAUUAAUUGUUUGGUGGGAGCUAAAAUAACUGUUAGAGGUUUUGAUUUUGUUCAUUUUCUUUUAGCCAUUUGGUUCUCAGAUGGAGUUGAUUAUUUUAUAUGGCUUACCCUAUUUUGCAGUCAAAUUAGUGAAGACGUUGAUACAAAAGUUUGUGUUGAAGUCAUUCCAUAUUAUUACACAGAAGAGGAUAUCCAACAUUACUUUGAAGGCUGUGGAACCAUAAUUGAAGUUGAUUGCGUUAAGUUUCCUGACAGUGGGAAGUUCAGAGGAAUUGCAAUGAUUAAUUUUAAGGUAAUCACCUAGGAAGCAAAGUUUGUCUUAAUUGUUAUCAAGGUUUGAGCCGAGUUCUGGCAAAGUCGAGGUGUCUAAAGUAGCAUUUGUUUAGCUGCAAAUGGCAAAUUAGAACGGUGCUAGUGCUUCCCAUGUCUCGCUAGGUGUGUACAAAAAUGUAAAACGACUUCGAUGUUGACUUUGUAUGGGUACUGGCAUCAUCUGAUUCUUAACGGUGAAUGAUGAUUGGCUUUUGUUUUGGACCCCCUGAUAUUUUACGU